AUGUCCCGAGCAGGAGUCGAACCUGCGCCUUACGAGCUUCAAUCGUAUGCUCUACCGUCGAGCCCUCGGGACGCAAAGGCAACCUUGAUCACACUACCCCUUCCAGACCCUAGGGGCAGUAGCCGCGAUGUAACCGGUUUCCCCGCUGCCCACAACCUAUACGUGGCUCCCACGCCCCUAGGAAUUCCAUCCCCUACCGGACCCUUACCCCGCCUGAGCCGCGUCGGAGCUUCCUCUCCUUACUCCCCUCUCCCCGGUCAAGAUAUGUUUAUAUUUUGUUUAGUUCGUUCUAGUUCUCCAAAAAUGCUCGUAGUGUGGGGAAGUAUCUCUCUUUCGCUUCAACUAUCCUCUCUUAAUCCUGUCCAAGGAUUGGGAGGGCGACUCGCGGGAGAAGUUAAAUUCUAUCCUCCGAUUCCCCUACUGGCAGGGAAUGUCCAACACGUUUCACUUAGGAGGUCUUGCGGGGAGCUUAAACCCACCUUCGCUCCGAGCGGCAGAGACUCAUGUUCUGAAGGAGGCCGUUCGACUCGGCCACUUGCACAAAAAGGUGUUGUCUGGUAUAGGACUCCUCCCUCGUCAGAAAUUUGGAUUCCUGGACCGGGGAGAAGUAUAAAUAAACUCCCUCCAGAUAUAAGAGGAGAAGAGUGGGUUAGGGACCCAAGGAUAAGGAAAGGGAAUCCUGGGGACAGGUACAAGAUAUACCACCUAGGAGGCAAGGAUUUGGGCAAGGGACCACUUAGGAGGGCAAGCAAGGAGGCAAGGUUGGGUGGACUAGGCACCAAGGAAGCAGCAUUGGUAAGUCUUCCAGAUGAGAUAGCCAUUGCUGGAGAAGCAGCGCCUCCAUAUAAGGAAUAA